AUGGCUUUGGGUCCCGAGCAUCCAGGGAGAGUAAGAGGGGUAGGUGCUGGGAUUUCCCCUAGGCAAUUCUUCAAUUUACCUAGACCACAAAGGGUGAAGUUUGCUGAUCAAUUGAAGGAAAGUGUAAGAAUUGUCCUUCAAGAAGAGACUAAGAAGAUGGAAGCUAGAACCAAACAAUUAGUAGAGGCUGAGAGGGAACAUUUACUAAGUCAGCUUUCCCACCUCAUCCCCAAUUUUGAUCCAAGCAUGCUUAAACCGAAAACAAGUCCCAUGAAUCCAAUGUCUGAUAAAGCAAGCUGUUCUGGGGCUGAAGUGAGAUCCCUACAUUUAGAGGAUGAUACUGCCAGAAAUGGGGAACAGCAAGAACAAACGGGUGAUGAAGUACUCGAUUAUUCAAAUGUGGAGGUGCCAUCUUCCUUACAAUCCCUUUGUGGUUAUGUGGAAACUACACUAAAGCCACAGGGGAAGAUCAUGACUUUCAACAUUGAGAAGGAGGUGUUUGGUGCAGAUCGAAGUACCUUCGUCUUGCAUGAAGAUAUUACACAAUUUGCAGGCAUGGAAGAAAUUGGGGCUACUGUGGUUGCAGUAUAUAUGAGGUGCUUAUAUGAUCUUUUGAGAGAAGCAAAUAUGUGCAGCAUGGUUGGCUUUAUCGACCCUGCUCAAGUUAGUGCCAACGCUGGGUCACUAACUGACAGAUCACGAAUUGUAGCCAGUCGACUUCAGAAAACAGAUGGUGAACAGAUUUUCAUGAUGCCUUACAAUCCAGGCCGUCAUUGGGUCUUGCUGAUUGUGAGGGCAAAGAGGGAAACCGUCUAUUUUCUGGAUCCUCUGCCUGGAAAUCGUGUGGUGGAUGAGGAGGGCAAAAACAUCGUGAACAGCACACCAAAGCAACCCAGCAGUGUCGAAUGCGGGUAUUAUGUCAUGCGCUUCAUGAGGGACAUCAUCAUGGAUCCUUCCUUGGAAUUUGAGAAGAAGUUUGCCAAGGGAAAAGAUCAAGCGCCAUACCCCCAAGCAGCCAUUGAUGAAGUCAGGAAAGAAUGGGCAGAGUUUGUUUGCCUUCAUAUGGAUUAG